GAGGCUGGCGGCGCGGGGCGCCGGGAGUUCAUCGAGGCCCCGCCGCCCAAGGUGAACCCCUGGACGAAGAACGCGCCGGCCGUGAACGGGCAGUCGCCUCCCGAUAUAUUUCCAACUGACGGCCAGUCUGAACUUACAACUCCAGCAAAAGUGGUGAGGGCUGCCAACCCGAGACAGAGGAAAGGAAGCAAGGUUGGUGACUUUGGUGAUGCCACAAACUGGCCAACACCUGGAGAAAUAGCCCACAAGAGCGUCCAGCAGCCACACAAAGCACCGUCCCUUCGGAAGCUGCCUAUCAAGAAAGACAUGAAAGAGCAGGAAAAGGGGGAUGGGAGUGAUGGCAAAGAGAGCCUGAAAACCAAAUCAGAUGAGUCUGGGGAGGAGAAGAAUGGCGAUGAUGACAACCAGAAGUCAGCUCAGAAGAAGAAAGGCAACAAACACAAGUGGGUCCCUCUGCAGAUAGACAUGAAGUCAGAGGUGCCUAGGGACAAAACAGCCUCUCGGAACAACCGGCAAAACGAGCAGCACAGGCACCCCUCCAACAACCGCAGCGAGCUCAAAGGCUGGCACCCCGACAACAAGCACGAGCGCAGCUGGCAGGACCACGAUGAGACCUCCAGCGUGAAGAGCGAGGGAGGGGCCGUGCGAGGAACCUUCCGGGGCCGGGGCCGCGGCCGGGGCAGGGGCCGGGGCCGUGGCAGAGGAGGGCACUUUGACUACCAGUACGGAUACCGGAAAUUCGAGGGCUCGGACGGCUCCCGCACCCAGAAGUACGCCAGCAACAUCACCUACUACUUCGACAAUAUCAGCAGUGCUGAGCUCUACAGCGUGGACCAGGAGCUGCUCAAGGACUACAUCAAGAGGCAGAUAGAAUAUUACUUCAGUGUGGACAACCUGGAGCGAGACUUCUUCCUGCGCCGCAAGAUGGACUCUGACGGCUUCCUGCCCAUCACACUGAUCGCCAGCUUCCACCGGGUGCAGGCACUGACCACUGACAUCAGCCUCAUCAUCAAGGCUCUGAAAGACAGCAAGGUGGUGGAAAUUGUGGAUGAGAAAAUCAGGAGAAAAGAGCAGCCAGAAAAAUGGGCUCUGCCUGGCCCUCCUAUGGCAGACUACACACAGACAGACUUCUCACAGUUCAUCAAUUGCCCCGAGUUUGUGCCCCGGCAGAGCUUCCAGAAAGAGACUGAGUCCGCUCCAGGCUCCCCACGUGCUGCCAGCCCUGUCCCCACCAAAACAGAGGAGGUCAGUAACCUGAAGACAAUGCCCAAGGGCCUGUCCACAAGUCUGCCAGACCUGGAUUCAGAGACAUGGAUUGAAGUGAAGAAGAGACCCCGACCUUCCCCAGCCAGGCCCAAGAAACCAGAGGAGUCAAAGACACCGCAGCAGCAGAAGCAAAAGGACCAAGAUGAACCUGAGGAGCUCGAUUUCCUGUUUGAUGAGGAGAUGGAGCAGAUGGAUGGCCGCAAGAACACCUUCACUGACUGGUCAGACGAAGACUCUGACUACGAGAUUGAUGACCGCGACGUCAACAAGAUCCUGAUCGUGACUCAGACCCCCCCGUACCUGCGCCGCCAUCCCGGCGGGGACCGGACUGGCAACCACACGUCCAGGGCUAAGAUGAGCUCAGAGCUGGCCAAGGUGAUCAAUGAUGGGCUGUACUACUAUGAGCAGGACCUGUGGACAGAGCAGUUUGAGCCAGAGUAUUCCCAGAUCAAGCAAGAGGUGGAGAACUUCAAGAAGGUGAAUAUGAUCAGCAGGGAGCAGUUUGACACCCUGACCCCAGAGCCCCCCGUGGAUCCAAACCAGGAAGUCCCUCCUGGUCCCCCCAGGUUCCAGCAAGUACCUACAGACGCUUUGGCCAACAAGCUCUUCGGAGUCCCUGAGCCUUCCACCAUCGCCCGCUCUUUGCCCACGACUGUCCCAGAAUCGCCCAACUACCGCAACGCCAGGACCCCCCGCACCCCGCGCACGCCUCAGCUCAAGGACCCGACACAGACGCCCCGCUUCUACCCAGUGGUGAAGGAGGGCAGGACGAUAGAUGCCAAGACUCCACGCAAGAGGAAGACGAGGCACAGUUCGAAUCCUCCAAUGGAGUGCCACGUGGGCUGGGUGAUGGACUCCAGGGAGCACAGACCCCGGACUGCCUCCAUCAGCUCCAGCCCCUCGGAGGGGACCCCGGCUGUUGGGAGCUAUGGCUGCACCCCGCAGUCCCUGCCCAAGUUCCAGCAUCCCUCACACGAGCUGCUCAAGGAGAACGGCUUCACACAACACGUCUACCACAAGUACCGGCGGCGCUGCCUUAACGAGCGAAAACGACUGGGCAUUGGUCAGUCCCAGGAGAUGAACACGCUUUUCCGGUUCUGGUCCUUCUUCCUCCGAGAUCACUUCAACAAGAAAAUGUAUGAGGAAUUCAAGCAACUGGCUGUGGAGGAUGGGAAGGAGGGAUACAGGUACGGUCUGGAGUGCCUUUUCAGAUACUACAGCUACGGGCUGGAGAAGAAAUUCCGGCCAGACAUAUUUAAGGACUUCCAAGAAGAGACCAUCAAGGAUUAUGAAGCUGGGCAGCUCUAUGGGCUGGAAAAGUUCUGGGCCUUCUUAAAAUAUUCCAAAGCCAAAAAUCUGGACAUUAACAGCAAACUGCAAGAAUACCUCAGCAAGUUCAAGCGCCUCGAGGACUUCCGAGUAGAUCCACCCAUGGGGGAGGAAGGUGGACACAAGAGAUACCCUACGACGUCAGGGGGCGAUGGCAGGAAGCGCUACCCAUCCCAGUCUUCCAGCAAAACGGUCAGCCAGUGCCCAUCCAGCCAAGCCCAUGCCUCAGCCAGCCAGCCUGCACAAGAGGAUGCCAAAAACCUGAGCCAGCAAUCCCCUGCCCCAUCAGCUGCAGAGUCGCAGACAGUGGGGAAGUAGAAAGGCUGCAGCGUCCGCUUCCUGCUGGGGGGUGGGGUGGGUUGGUGGGGAAUGGCUCGGAGAAGGGCAGACAUGAGGAGAUGGGACAGGAAGGGAGCUGGAAGGUGGGUUCCCAGGAAUAGGCUGCUUGGGAGAAACUUCAACGCACACGAUUUUCUUCUCUUGUGGCUGGAAAGUAAAGACGAUCUGCAUCCAAAACACCAUUUUGCUAUUACUACCCUGACCAGAGCCAGACCCGCUCCCAGCAGACCUACCCUUUCCCUUCCCUCUCCUCCUGUGCACACACUCAUGUCUUAGUGUCUCUUCAAAAAAAAAAU